AUGUCCGAGAUUCUGAACGAAGUCAGGGCGCUGCUUCUCCCCGCGGACGAUGCACAAGUUGCUCUAGAAGUUCUCGUUGCUGAUGAAGAGAAGUCUAACAAUCCAGGAAGUAGCGAUCAACCACACCUUCUUGCAGUUAUAUCGCAUAUCAGCAGUGGGUCUUCUCAGGCCGGAGGACACGAGGAGGGCAGCGUUUUCUUGCUCAGACGGUCGCCUUCGGAACGAUUUGAGAUCCAGCGUGUCUUCCCUAUAUUCCGCGAUUUAUCCCUCAAUCUCGCUCAGAGCAGGCGUGCAACCCUCGACCUCAGCGCGGCUGCAAAGCCUGUUUCAAAUCAGCCGAGAACAGGGUUUGUACUCACAUUGCAGCCGGGCUCUCAAAUUCCACCCCUUGUGCUCACUGCCUUCGACACCCACAACCUGCGACCUCUAUUAUCUGAAUGCAAACGUUUGCAGGAAUUAGCUUUGACGCAUUCCACGGACCAGGGUGCUGCAUACCCAUGGCUUCUGCCGUAUACACUCCGUAAAAAUACCCAACCGAUCAUGUCCCACACGCCAAUAGAUUUACGUAUCCUCAACAAACCCUUACACGAGCGGCUAUCUCCUGCAAGUGCAGGUCUCCCCGGCGAUGAUGCAGCUGAUAUAACGCUUAUUCGCGACCACUGGGUACGCCAACAAGCGCGAAAUGCAUGUCACAAGGGGACCCACCAGUUGACAUUGCGCGUUGGGACCUUCAAUGUCAACGGUAAACCCCCUUCGGAAGACCUUGCUGCGUGGAUUCGUGGCACAGAAUCCUUUGCUUCGAAACUACCCCCGCUUGAAAACCUAUCUCCGCUCUCAAUAGGCCUUUCAGAGCGUCCGCAUUCCGACCUCCAAAGAGCUUUGUCGUCCAAUGCAUCCAGCCUUGACCGGGACCCCGACAUAUUUGUCUUUGGUUUCCAAGAACUAGAUCUUUCGACAGAAGCGCUAUUGUAUUCCACUAGUACGAUCAAAGAGGAUUCUUGGACUGCUGCUAUUUUCGCUUCGCUUGGAAACAAAGCACCGCAGUACACAAAGCUUGCUUCAAAGCAAUUAGUUGGCAUGUUAAUUGUUAUCGUUGUCAAAGCGGAUCUGAAGCCCUGUUUCUCGGAUGUUCGGCUAUCGGCGACGGGAGCAGGCAUCAUGGGUGUAAUGGGCAACAAAGGAGGCACCGCCGUUCGCCUCGCGUUCACUCCGCCGGCACAAGACAAGGGAUCGUCUGGGUUUAGACCCACGAUACUGACCUUUGUCAAUACUCACCUUGCGGCCUUUGACGAAAUGGUGGACAAACGAAACAUGGACUUCCACGACCUAUCCAAGCGUCUAGGGUUCUCCUCCUAUACCCCUGUGGAGGCCGUCAACCCUCCCCAGACGAGUAUUUAUGAAAGCGAUGUCUUAAUAUGGAUGGUAAACUUGAACUAUCGGAUAGACCUACCGGACGGAGAAGUUCGGUCCAUAUUGACGACUUGGCCUGAAGACACGAGAUAUAGAACGUUACUGAGAUACGAUCAGCUUAGAAAUGCCAUCGCUGGGCGAAGGGCCUUCGAAUUGUUCAAAGAAUUUGCAAUUAACCAUCAUCCAUCAUACCGGUAUGGCUCAGGCAUGACAGAUGAGCUCGGCUACGACCUGAAACGAAGGCCGGCCUGGACAGAUCGUAUCUUGCAUCUCGCCUCCCCUUCUGUGCAUGUCAAGCAACUCAACUACCAAGUUCAUCCGACAGUCACCUUAUCAGACCACCGGCCUGUGUCGGCGGAAUUCAUAGUACCCAUUGACGUACUACCUGAGAGCGAGUAUCAUGAGUCCGUACGGCGUUUGCUUCGCCAAGUUGCCCCUACUUCACCGCAAGAGGAAUUGAGGCCUAUUAUCUCCGUCGAAGACACAUCCAUCCAUUUUGGCCAAAUACGUUACAAGCAAUUGGCGUCCCGGACCAUUCGCGUCAAAAACACGGGCAAGGUGCCAUGCUGCUGGCGAUUCAUCCCAAUUACGCCAAAUGAAGCCAUCAGUCCUGAGUGGUUGCGGAUCCUCCCAUUGAACGGUCUCCUUCUGCCUUCUGAAGUCGCCUCCAUAAAUUUGGAGAUUAACAUUGAGACCAAGGAGGCUGCGACUCUCAAUCUGGGGCCAAAGGUUCUUGGUGCAGCAUUGAUCCUGCAUACUGCGUUUGGAAAGGAUCAUUUCAUAUCCGUUGGAGCAGAAUAUCAAUACUCAUGCUUUGCCAACAACUUGACCCGUCUAACGCACUUGCCUGGUCCGGUGCGCUCCCUCAAGUCCCAAAAUGACCUUCUACCCGAAAAUCGCGGCGUGAAUGCGCCCAGAGAAAUAAUGCGCCUUGUGGAUUGGCUAAUGAAAAACUCGUCCUCUGAUCCACAGGUUGUGGCGCAACUGCGAGAGCAUCUGGAUACUGGUACCGACUUUCCGCAUCCUGUUGGAGAUGUAGAUCCAGCAAUAUCGCGAGCAUUCUGGGACACCCUAUGGGAGUUGAUUAUGUCCCUCACAGAGCCGAUCGUGCCGUUCCCUCUGCAAGCUCGAUGCACGCAAAUGACAAGUCGUGACGAGGCGUUCGAGUUUCUCAGCGAGUUAACCCCCGCGGCGGUCAACGUGUGGAUCUCCGUUACUGCGUUCUUGCAAUUUUUGUGCCAAGCUGACUCGUCUGAUACUGCCCGUCGUGUUGCUACUAUGUGCUUCCCUGCUUUACUCCCAGAUGAUCCAAAUCCGCAAUCGACACCGAUUUCGCCGUUGGCGAAAGUAAACUUCAUACUGUACUUUAUAACUUAG